AGCAGAAUUAUAAAAUACCUCUUUUACAUAAAGUGAAUCAAAAUGAAAGUACUGCCAAUUUUCGUUAUCCUGGCGCUCGUCAUCUGCGCUGCGUGCAAGAAUCACGAGGAGUGGAAAGGACAACGACCAGGGGAUUAUGAUCGCAGACCCUAUUCCAAUCCUUAUGCCUAAUAAAUCUUUGGAAUAAAUCAAGCUGUAUACGAGAAAGAUGAAGAUACAA